AUGUCUGAUAAAGGACCUACUCGAACAUCCUCGGUUCCUUCCAUUGUAGAUGCUACACCAGAUCGUGCUGAAAGACCUCGGAAACAAGUUCGUCAGGUAGUAACAACACCAAGUCGAUCUGAGGAUCCGUCUCGCAUUGUAAAACUAGAACAAACACCUUCUCAAGGGUUUCACAGCCAGUUUUUAAAAAAGCGCAUCACGGACUCCUUACGCGAGCGUCCCAAUCUUUUGAACAAAUUCAUCUCAGCUAACCAGGAAACUCCUUCAAAGCCUUCGGCUCCUAAUUCUUUUAAUUCUAGUAAUGCAGGAGAUUCUUCUCUUAUAGAAGAUACAAUCACUGAACAAGAAAACCUUGACGUACUUGCUCCAAGGCUUGUUGUAUACCAGCUAACGCUUAAGAAUUUCAAAUCUUAUGCUGGAACACAAAUUAUAGGGCCUUUUCAUCCAUCUUUUUCUUCUAUUGUUGGUCCAAAUGGAUCUGGUAAAUCAAAUGUGAUUGACGCUUUGCUUUUUGUAUUCGGAUUUCGUGCUAGUAAACUGCGUCAGACUAAAGCUUCAGCUUUAAUCCAUAAGUCCGCUGCCCAUCCUUCUCUUGAAAGCUGUGAUGUGGAAAUUGUAUUUAAAGAAGUAAAUCCGGAUUCCAGUUACAUAGACGGUUCAGAGCUAUCUAUUCGAAGGUCCGCUUACAAGAACAAUGUAAGCAAAUACUUUCUAAAUAACGCUGAGAGUUCUUUUUCCACCGUUUCAAAUGUGCUAAAAGAACGAGGGGUCGAUUUGAACCAUAAGCGUUUUUUAAUUCUACAAGGUGAAGUAGAAUCUAUCGCACAAAUGAAACCAAAGGCACUAACUGAAAGUGAUGAUGGUUUGCUUGAAUAUCUUGAAGACAUUAUAGGUACUUCAAGGUACAAACCUAUCAUCGAAGAAAAAAUCAAUGAGCUUACUGCUUUGAGUAAUGUCUGUAACGAAAAAGAGAACCGUUUUCAACUAGUCGUCGCCGAGAGGAACAAAUUGGAAAGUUCAAAAAAUGUUGUCCUUGAUAUCUUAAGGGACGAGAACAAUUUAAAUAGGAAGCUGCAUACCCUUUAUCAGUUGAACCUAUUCGAAUUAAAAUCGAAGAAAGAUUUAGUAAUGAGUAUCUUACAGAAACUGGAAAAUUCAUAUAAAUCCAAGAAUGACAACUUCAACGAAAAUGAGAAAGUCGUUUCGCAAAUGGUCGAAGAGUUAACUCAACUUAAAUCUAAAGUUCAAGACUCGAAAACUUCAAAUCGUACCGAAAAAAGAGAACGUCAACGAUAUGAACAACAAGCUGUUAAAAUUGAAGAAAAGUGGAAGCAUUUAUCUUCAAAACAGAAAAAAAAUCAAAAACAGCUUGAAACAUUAUCAGCAAAUAAAUCAGAGCUUGAAUACUCUCUGGACACGCAUGGUGAUCUUCAUCAUCGUCUAACGCAAGAAAUGGAUGACAUUGUGUCCAAGCUGUCUACCGAAGAAGACCAACUCAACAAAAUCCGUGAAUCCCUUCGUGGAAAGACCGAAGGAAUAUCAAAUGCUAUUGAAGAAAAGCAGAAAUUGAUGGCGCCUUCCGAAAAAAAAAUCAAUGAGCUAAAUUCUGUGAAACAGGUCACAAAGGCAGAACUAGAUAUGCUGUUAGAGCAAGAAAAAAACUCAAAUGAAGAACAGCAAAAUGCUAUAAGUUCCCUUGAAAAAUCACUAGCAGAACAAAAGGAGAAAACACAGCUUCUUAACUCUAAAAAGAAUCACCACAAUACCAUAAAAAAGGAAUCUCAAGGUCUGGAAAGAAACGUUUCUGACUUAAAGCGGAAAAAGAGUGAACUACAUCGUACAAUUGCUCAAAGUCGAGUAAAGCUUGAGGAAAUAAGAUCUACUCUUAGCUCUUCACGUUCAAGAGGAAAUGUCUUGGGAGGACUACAAACCUUACAUGAUUCUGGUCAAUUAGCAGGGUUCCACGGACGACUAGGAGAUCUUGCUACAAUUGAUAGUAAGUACGAUAUUGCCAUAUCCACGGCCUGUCCUGCGUUGAAUCACAUAGUGGUCGAUAAUUUAGAGGUUGGUCAAAAGUGCAUAGCCUUUCUUAGGUCCAAUAAUUUAGGAAGGUCUAGUUUUAUAGUUUUAGGUGCUUUACAGGAAAAGAACUUGAAGCCUAUUCAAACUCCUGAGAAUGUUCCGAGAUUAUUUGAUUUACUUCAUUAUAAAAACGAUAUUUUUGCACCGGCCUUCUUCAGUGUAUUGCAAAACACUCUUGUUGCGGAUAAUUUGGAACAGGCUAACAGAAUUGCGUUUGGUAAGACACGUUGGAGGGUUGUCACUCUUAACGGACAGCUAAUUGAUAAGUCUGGUACCAUGACUGGUGGUGGAACCCGAGUAAAGCAAGGUGGUAUGGCUUCUCAGCUACCUGCUGAAAUAUCUCCAGUCGCCCUUAACAACAUUGAGAAUCAGACUACUGAUGCGGAAAAUCGACAUCGGCAAGUGUCUGAACAAUUGCAAGCUCUUCUGGAGAAGAGCGACAUACUAAAAAACGAAAUUCCAUCUUUGGAAUUGGAAAUAUCCAAACUUCACUUAGACUUAUCCGCAUUCAAUAACUUGGUUGAAGGAGCUAAAAACCAAGUCUCUAAUAGCCGUAAAGCUUUAAAGGAUGAGCGAGGCUUACACGAUAGAAAGCAAAAACUUAGCGCAAAUUUAAAUAAACUUCAGCAACAAAUAGAUAGCAUAAAUGAUUCAAAUGCUGGGGUUGUUGCUGAAGUGAGAGAACUUCAGGAUAAAAUUAUGCAGAUUGGUGGUAUCAAAUAUCGCAUACAAAAGUCCAAGGUUGAUGAUCUACACGAACAGCAUAAGUUUGUCAAAGAAAAAAUUGCAAACAUCAAUUUUGAAAAGAGGAAAAACGAACAACGUGUCCAUUCAAUUGAAAGAGAGCUGGAAUCAUUACAGUCUGAUCUUUCUACAACUCAAAAGGAAAUUGAGACAAAUGAGAAAGAAUUGAGCUUACUUCGCGAGAAAACAAAGGAAUAUACGGUUAAGAUUGAUAAACUAAGUAACAUAAUCCAUGAUAUAAAUGAUUCAAUCAGUGAGCUUAACAACCGUGUUGAGUUUGAAUCUAAAGAGAUAAAUUCCAUGAAAGCCGAAAGGUUGGAUCUCGAAAACAAACUGACAGAGCAAAAAAGUGCCCAUGCCGACGUUUUGAACAACGAGAAAAAGUUACGAAAGUUGCUAUCCGAAUUAAUACUACAUGACUUAAGAGAAUAUGAUCAAUCUGAAGCACAGGCUCCUGAAUUUCAGGAGUUUUCGGAAGAUGAGCUUGCCUCAAUGAACAAACAAUCGUUGUAUGAGGGCAUAUCUGAAUUUAAGAAGAAGACGGAAGAAAAAGAAGUAGACGUGGGUGUUUUACAGGCUUAUUUGAAAUGCACCAAAGAUGCUGAGAACAAAGCGUUAGACUUUGAAGCUGAGACCCAAAAGAGGAAUAGCGUAAAACAAACUGUUACAGAUUUGCAGACACAAAGAUUGGAUGAAUUUAUGGAAGGUUUUAGCAUUAUUUCUCAGAAAUUGAAAGCUAUGUAUCAAAUCAUCACUAUGGGUGGUAAUGCUGAACUUGAACUCGUUGACAGUCUGGAUCCAUUUUCUGAAGGUGUCUUAUUUAGUAUUAUGCCACCUAAAAAGUCUUGGAAAAAUAUCUCAAAUUUGUCUGGAGGUGAAAAGACAUUAAGUUCAUUGGCAUUAGUAUUUGCUUUACAUAACUAUAAACCGACGCCUCUGUACGUUAUGGACGAAAUUGAUGCUGCUCUGGAUUUCAAAAAUGUGUCGAUUGUCGCCAAUUAUAUAAAGGAAAGGACGAAGAAUGCCCAGUUUAUUGUUAUAUCGUUGCGAAGCAAUAUGUUUGAAUUGUCAUCACGCUUGGUUGGUAUUUACAAAACGGCAAGCAUGACAAAGAGUGUAACGAUGAACAACCAGGAUUUACAGAUGAAUGCUGAAAAAGAUUUAGAUCAUACGACGCUACAAGUCAAUUAG